GGCAUGCAGUACGCUGUGCGAUUCCAAAUUGAUCACCUCGGCAUGGAUUCCAUUCAGGAGGGUGACGUCCUCUUAUCGAACCAUCCCAGUGCAGGAGGAAGUCACUUACCUGAUCUUACAGUCAUCACUCCGGUGUUCUUUGAAAAUAUCGAAAAACCUGUGUUUUUCUUGGCAAACCGCGGUCAUCACGCCGACAUUGGUGGUCUCGUUCCAGGAAGUAUGCCUCCAAAUGCUACUUCUUUAGAGCAGGAAGGAGCCACGUUCAUUUCAUUCAAGGUAGUUGAUAAGGGAAUUUUUCAAGAAAACUCUCUCAUCGAGAACCUUAUGGCUCCAAAAAGGAUUCCUGGUAUGGUAGCUCCUUUUUGGAAGAACGGAAGCGAAUUGUAUUGUCAGGGGAUUUCGCUUGUAUGUGAUUUAAUAAGUGAAUAUGGUCUCGACACUGUGCAGGCUUAUAUGCAACACAUCCAGUCCACUGCUGAGGAGAGCGUUAGAAACAUGUUGAAGGAGGUAAUAGAACUCAUACUUAUGUAUACCUUCGUAAGAAGAUGUUUCAAGCAAGUACCAAUAAUUGAUUGA